AGUGCACGCGGUGACGCCUCCACGAGAAGACCUGUGUCGCAAUUCGAUCCUUGGUCCCCGUCGAGUUUGUCCGCCUCGAAGUACGCGAUAGAGUAUAGUAAAGUGACGGGAGGAAAAGUCCUCGUCUAUCAGGUGCCGCGUAUACUUACAGUCACUUCCGUGGGAAGGAUGAAGUAGCGGACAGGGAAGAUAUCGAGUAACUAGGAAACUGGGCAAAAGGGUUGAAGAAGAAGCGGAUUGAUCCGGGUCGAAUGCAGUAAGAUGAUCUUCUAUCGGUGGAUGCUGGGUGUCAGCAGCACAAUGGAUGCCGAGGCAGCCCUUCUCGAGUGUUCCCCGACACUGUCCGUCAUCUCGUCGCCGGAUUUGACGGAAUCUAAAUAUCCGGAUGGCGGGCCGCCCUUCUCAUCGGAUGAACGAGAAAUCCUGACUUCCGCGAGAGGGUACACAAAAGUCCAGGAGGAGAAUCUGACCCCCACACUGAGCCCGAGGCACUCGAAACCCCCGAAUAAGCCAAAGCUCCGAAUACGGUUGCCUUAUCUGAUGAUCUGCGUCAGCAUAAUCGAGAUAUCCGUCCACUGUUUGGGCGAGGAAGCCACCCUGCGAACAUGGCUGGUCUACGACCCUCAACAACGAAUUCAAGCCUGGAGGUUCGCCUCCUACAUGCUUCUACACUCGAACGCCCUUCAUCUGUCUCUCAACGUGGUCAUACAGCUGGUGCUUGCCGUUCCACUGGAGGUAGAACAAGGGUGGCUUGGGGUGGCGGCCGUGUACCUGGGCGGAGGCAUUUGCGGAGCGCUUGGAGCAUCGCUUCUUCAACCGACUCUCUAUCUGGUUGGAGCAUCGGCUGGAGUUUACGCUCUUCUAACGAGUCACCUCGCUCACUUGUACUUGUGCCACGGGGAGCUGCCGUACCCCAACUGGCGGCUGGGGGCCAUUCUUCUGUUGGCGGGUGCUGACGUAGUCUCACUUCCGGUCCCAGCACUGCUAGGCUGUGGGAGAGUGGGCUGGGCGGCCCAUGUCGCGGGGGCCAUAGCCGGUCCUCUGCUGGGCCUGGCGCUCUUCCCGCGUCAGAGCAAGAAGGAUUCGCGGGGCCGGAAGUUCGUCCGAUUCGUCCGUUUCCUGGCGGGACUCGGUGUGCUGCUCUUGAUCUUCGGGGCGAUCCUUGGCAAUAUCUACCUGAUCGCUCUUCCCCAGCAGCGGAGGGCCUCCUGACAAAAAACCGAGCUAUUCGUAAGGUUCUGCAAGCGGUCCUUUCUCAUCGUCAAGAUCAAGGAGGCUGCAGAGGUGGUCUACGAAUGAAGCAUGGAGCUUCGUGGAUACGAAUAUCCACCUGAAACAAUUAGCGGAAGUAGGGAAUUUCGACAAUUGAAAAGAACUUACCAACGGCAGAUGCGUUGUUUGUACUUUGUGUCGGACUCGAGGUACACUGAGCACUGGUUUUAAAGGACUCUACGUUAUAAACCCUCCCUAAAUCGCAAUAUACCCGUUAUAUAUACCUAUCUAUAUGCUUUCCGCACAUGACACCAUAGAUACUUCGCCGCGGACUUGGGUUUAAUAAUUUUAAUUAAAAUCUGAUGGUGUAUGUGUAAUGUAUAAAACAACUAGGUUUUAAUUCUUUCAUUUUCAAUUUCAACGCCGCUGACGAGUUUCACUAUAUUAUAUGCUUAUAUUAUACAUAGUGAAGCUCGACGAAUACACUGCCCCACGCUCGCAGAAAGCGCGUUUCAUUAAACGGGAUUACCAACCGCUCGCGAGUACCGCAAAUGCGACAGUUAUAUAAGACGUGUAGAAUUCAACUUUUUUAAUAAUCAAUAUAAUUACUAUUAAUUACACAUAUGUAUGUAUUUUGAUUAACGCGACUCCAGUACUACCGUGAAAAUUAAUCAACCCAGGUAUUGUCUAGAAUAAUUCGUACUUUCGAAUCAAUGUGCCAAGCUCUCGUUACAAUUAUGGUUGUUGCGACUGUUAUGAAUCGCGUUGACGACCAUUCACGAUAACCAGUAAGGGGAAUCAAUCCAUGAAUUAUUCAUAUGACCAUCUACGGAUUUCAGACAAUUCCACAGAACUUUGUCCAGCUUGUAGAUUUCAGAAUGGUCUAUUGAUUUUACAGAUUACUACAGAUUUCUUUGGUUUCCAAAUAUUUGUGGACAUUUCGAAGAUUAUUGAUGAAAUUAUAUCGAUAUAUAAUACAAAAAAUGAAUUGCUAGAAAUGCCACUGAAAAUUCGAUGAAAUAUCGGACUUCUUAAUAUAGUAUUUCAUCAAUUUCUUAACUUUUACUGCAUUACGAGAAUUUCACAGAAUUUAUAUCGCUGUUCCUCCACAAUUUUAUUUUCCCCACGUUUGAAGGUUGCGUGAAAAUUUAUAAAAAUUUGUGAGUACGAUGACCCACUGCAUUAAUGCGGCAGUAAAAUAAAGGAACCUUACAGAAACCUUGACGAAACUUCUUGUUCCAGAAUUAAAAAUGUGAAACAGGUGUCGUUGACUCGAUUUCCAACUGAUCAAUUUCAAGUAUCUUACCGAAUUUCAUGGGUAGGUAUUCGCGAUACGUCUGAAAACCUACAGAAUCGAUUACGUUUCAUUAGAUUUGACGAUGUUCACAUAAUUUUCGUCCUAAUUUCAAUAGGGCUUCUUGAUUUUUCACAAGUUUGCAAUAUUUCUGAAAAUCUGAAGGGAUUGUAAAAACUUCAGUACCAUUUUGCAUACCGUAAUUCACGAGUUGACCCCACCAUCUAUGAAGCGAAUCGAACAUUUGGUAUCUAAUCAAAAUUUGACGGGACUCUCAGUCUGAAGUUUGAAGAGCUUUUCAAAUAUGUACAUAUUGUACACAUAUAUACACGUAUUCGGUAUGCAUAUGAUAUAUGUAUGCAUAAUAUAAUUCUAGAGAAUAAAUGGUAGCUAUCAGAAUAAUAAGGCUAUUGCAAUGGUGGGUAUCACUAAAUUCAAAGUCGUCCAUUGUCGUAUCGCAGGUUAUGCCAAGCCAAACCAAAAUACGUACUCAAUUAGGAACAGAUGCUGCCGAACCUUCGUUAGCAAAUUCACCCGCGGCAAAUUAUCCUUUUCUCAUGUAUAAUAAGGCGAGCGUGUGUUUCUCGGGUGAAAUCUAACAUGAGGCUGAAGUUAGUAACGUUAUUGCACUGACUCGCGUUUCAUAAAAAUCGUUGUGCCGCAAUUUUAGGAAUGUUUGAAAUGCAGUAAACCAUAAUCAAGGUAAAACAUAUUCAUAUUUUCAGAAACUUGACAGUGUUAAAGUAACUACAUAAUUUCUGAGUAGUGAACUUUACCUGAAAUGUUUCAUUACGGUAACGUUAUUAACGUCAGUCUCAUAAACUAACCGCGUGCGUCUUACGUGUGUUACAUCAUUAGUAAUACAAGGGGGUUUCUGUGAGUCUAGAGAUCUACUACUACUACUACUAUCAACGACACUUACCGUCAUCUAGCCCAGACUCAAACCCUUCUUCGUGAUUACGUCACGACUAUCGACCCCUACUGUACCGACCUGAAGGUAAAAAUCGCGCAGUCUUACCAAGAAUUUUUAUCGAUCGAAGUUCAAAAUCGCGCUGCUUUACCAACAAUUUUGUCGAUCGAAGGUCAAAAUCAGGCUGUCUUACCAACAAUAUCGCUGUCAUCUCCCCUAUCGAUGGUCGAAAAAAAUGUGGGAAAAAAAUGUGGGGUAGUUGAUGUCACAUCAGCAUCCGAGUUGACGUAAACAGUUCUCGGAACUAUUAAUUGUAGAAUGUAGAGAGAUAAAGAUUGCAGCAUAAGCUACCCUAGGUUUACCAAGGCAUUCUUGGGACUGGCAGGCUGAUCGCGCGGAGAACAAAAGAGUUUGCGUCACCGCAAUACCUGGACCGUCAGUAAGGUGAAUAACAGCGAGAUUGUUGGUAAAGCAGCGUAAUUUUGAUCUUCGAUCGAUAAAACUGUUGUCACGACAGCACAGUUUUGACCUUUGGUAGAUGAAAUUGUUGCGUGAUUUUGAUUUUGACCUUCGGAUCGGUACAGCAUGGGUCAGUAUUGACGAUGUCAUCGCAGAGAAGUAUUUGAAUCGGGGUAAGAUGUCGGUAAGUGUCGGUUGUAAAUCCCUAGACUCCGAGAAACUCCCUUUUAUUACUACUUACAUUAUAACCUAUACUUACUAUACUUACUUACUUACUCACAAUAUAUAUGGGUGAAUCUCCCGAGAUACUCAUUUUUCCGAUAUGUGAGUUUAUUUUCAAUAAUACCUCGGAACUGUUCAGAGACUGGCCAUGGAAAGGGUGCUCCAGGUAGUGUAGGUGGUGCGACGAAAGGAACAGCUGACAGAUUGGUAACCCAAGGCAGUGAUAUUGCCUCAUUUGAAUCAUUACUCGAAGCACUUUCCCACAAUGUUGAGGACAUUAUGUAUCUACCUGUGGCCACUGAGGAAAUUGAGAAAAUAUUUAAACGACUAGAGCACAAAAAGAUUCUAAAUUUUAAAGGGACUAUGAAAGUUUCAUCAGGUGAAGAACGAUUUCAACAAAAGAUCCUCUCCACGACUGCAUUUUUAUUCGUUGAGUACUUUGGGAGAAAAUGAUGUCGCAUAUCAUCUUGGUUCACUCACUUGUAAGUCGAUAAGUUUACCUAUCAAAAAAGUUCCAGAUCUAUCAAGUGAUGAGGACAUGAUAUCAACUCCAGGUGACUGGACUCCAGAAAAUAUCCCCAAAAGGAGGUUAAUUUCUUCGAUGUUUAUUCGGAUGACGAAGAGGCUGGUACGAGUGCCGAAAAAGACGAAGAAUUGUAUUCGCAAAAUAUUAAAACUGGAAAACAUUUAUUGAUUCAACUGAAAACGACAAAAGCUAGGUACAGGUACGUUGCAGUUGCACAGGGCGAUGUAGAAGAAGAUGCCGAAACUAAAGUAAUGUAUUUGAGAGUAUCCGAAUUAAAUAAUGAACAAGUCUUCAAAACCGAUGAGAAAGACAUUUCAUAUGUAAAAUACGAAAAUGUAGUAGCUAUAUUGCCGUCUCCAACCUCGAUUACUUUCUGCCGUAAAAAGUAUUUUAAGUUUGAGAAAGAAAUAGAUAUUUUUGAACAAGGAUAAAAGAAAUAUAAUAUUAAGCCAGUAAUUUUGUUAUUUUUUUGUUCUGUUUCAUAUUUUUAACGUACGUGAAACUACUAAAGAUUUAUACUAAUAUAGAAUUGUAACCAAAGGUUUGCGUCAUUUGAUGUUUUUAAGCAAGGAUAAAGAAAUAUAUUUAAUAUGUAAUAUACAGUAAUAUUAUACAAAACAAUGCUUUUCCUUGCCUAUGCGUAUUUUUAUUGCGUAUUAAACAAAAAGUAUGAUACUGCUCUAAACAGACAAUUACAAUCCGGCACAAUUUCGAUCGUUCUUUCUCCCAUUUCACUGAUUUUAAUUAUUUUAAAUAUAAAUUUUUCUCAAACUGACUUAUGAAUUCAUCAUGAAAACACGUGAAUAACGUAAAGAGAGGUAAUUUCAAAAGAUAACUUUGUAUCUAUCACGAAAACUUGUACAUGACAUGAAGAAAGGAACAUUAAAAGGCUAACUUCGUAGCGUUGUCGCCGCGUCUGAAGAUCACACGGUCUUAAAACCGCUAACUUCACGGGUUACCCAAAUGUUUUCACGGAUAUCGAGAAAUUAUAACGGCCUAUAAGUAUUUCAAUAUUGAAUAUUUUAUUAAAACUAGCCAAGGUCAUUCCUCUGGCACUAUGAUUUUUUCGAAGUACGACAAAUCCCACAAAACUGAAAAACGAUUUUGUCCAAGUGAUAAUUAUAUUUUAUUAUUUUAUACUAAAGAUCAUUCAUACUCUUAGAAGUAAAAAUGACUAGUUUUGGAAAAAAAUUUUGUAUUCUACGAAAAAUGAGUAUCUCGGAAGAUUCACCCAUAUACUAAACAUAGUUACAUAAAUCACCUACAUCAUAAAUAAUUAUCAAAUAAACUGGCUGUGAUUAUUUAAGUGUUAUCUUCAACAUAUUAUACAUAUUAUACAUCAUAAUAUAAUAUAAUCGAUUAAUGAAUUAUUGUAUAUAUAACUAAUGAGAAACUAAUUUGCGUAUCGUACACGCUUCACCGUUAUAAGAGCGUGAUGAUAUACCUUAUUCAUGUGUCAAAACAAUCAGAGGCAAAAGUAAGAAUUUCAAAAAACAUACAAACCAUGUAUAUACGUUACAAUAAAGGUAUUGUCCAAGUUUGUCAACGGUAGACUAAAAAAAUAAAAUCGAAAAACAAGAAAUCUUUCCAGGCCCCACUGGAUUGGUAAUCGUAAAUAAAAAUGGAAAAAAAAUAUAUACAUAUUCUUCAAAAUAAAU